UUCAUGGUUUUUUCGAUCGAGCUUCUUCGUCCGGCUCGAAGUGCAGCAAGCAUGUCCAAGAUGAUAUGCAGGGCUGCUCGUAUGUGGCCAUUUCUGCUGUCUUGAAGAGAGAGUGAAACAGGCAGGCGCUUAACAAGACAACUCCAGCGGCUUUGUGCCACUCUACUCUACUCAUUACGUGUCAAUGUACCAAGCGGCCAUUUUGUCUGGACUCAUCUCAUGCCAAACUUGGAGCCGUUUCGCUCUGCCGCCGACACAUACCCUAUACCUCUUGACCUCCACCCAGGUAAUUUGCCAUUGCCUGCCACUACCUGCUCACAUGCUCCAUCCCUCCAGGCCCCAACUUGGUCCAGUUGCUAUUUACAAGGUGCUGGAACCAACUAGUACGGAGUCUGCACAGCUGCUAGCAGUGUUACGAGCCCAUGUGUGCACUUUCAAUAGAUUGCCUACCAGCCCUUUCGCCUGGGUCCACGGAGCAUAUUCCGCUUAGGAUGGUUCCGACAUGACAUUGGCCCUGGCUCGAAUCCAUCAGUGUGACAUCAAGAUUGGUUUUUUCUCGUGGCCUGAGGCCAAAUCUACCAAGAGGCACAGUUCCUAUC